GGGGCACAACCCACUUCACAGCAACUUUUUAAAAUAAAUUAAUCAAAAAGAAAGACGGAAUCGAAAACUGCUUAAAUGUUAGGCUCCUGUUUGAUAAAUAAAGGUGUAAAAAGAGCGCAGGGCCUGCAGAGGAUACCCCUGUAUGCCCCGAGAACGAGGCGACAAAAUAAUAUCACGUGAUCCAAAAUGGGCAGUCCUCUGACGGAGCUGAAAAAAGCCAUUUUCUGGCGCUGCUGCAAAUUCUGUUGAAGUCCAAAUAAUUUACCUGGAUUCUCGCUGGGAGGGGAGGGAAACUUCUAUGUCUGAUCAGGUAGGAACGAAGCAUCGGUGAUGUUUUUUGAGCAGGCUGAUCGGCCCGCUGUUUGCUGAGGCGCACACAGAGUGCACGGUGUCACAUUUUGAGUCUCUCUUGUUCGCCUCCUCAUACAGCUCUGUCAGUGAAUUUAAGAUGGCUGCUUUGUGUACCAGUGUGAUUUUCUGUGGCUCUGUACCCCCUCACUGUGGGGAUUUGUCGGGUUGUGUUCGGUUCGGGUGCCCGGCCGGACCGCCGGGGCUCCGGAGAAAUCCAAACGCUCUUUGUUGCUCCGCUGGUCGAGGAGCGGAGCUGAUGCACAAGAUGAGGCCACACAGGGGCGAUUGAAUAGUCGGCUGCUGUGUCCCAGCACACAGGCUGCAUUUAGCCGUUCGGCUCUUGCUUUCUCACGUUAUUUACCGCUCCAACAUGCCAGUGCAUUAGUUUUUACGCACUAUGAGCUCUCUUUGUUGUGGUCUCACUCGCAGCUGCCCCAAGGACGAGCUGCAGACAUUGUCUCAUUGACCAUAUGGGAAAGCACAAAUAGUAUCGCACAAUUUUCUCUGUGUAACAAAACCCUGUCCUGUUGUACGUGUUUUUUUCCUGCAGAUCAGUCCAAAUGGAUAAAAUGCAGCCAAACCGGGUCAAAAUCACAGAUCUGAAUCCACACCUCACAUGUCCACUGUGCGCUGGCUACUUAAUUGACGCUACAACCAUCGUAGAGUGCCUGCACUCCUGUAAGUCCCUCACAUGAAAACAUCACCUUACAUGUAUGCAUGCAGUGUUUCUCUUAACCCCAGCCUUGCAUUAGCAUAGACCUUACAGUAGUUUGCAUAUCCAGCAGAGCUCCUCUUGUGUUGUGGUUGUAGGGGAGGCGAGCAUGGUGCCAUGAAUCAUAUUGUGGCCUACAGGAAAGGAACAUCUGUGUGCACAGAGUGAUGCAUGUGAAAAAAAUAAUUAAAUAUUUGUUGACACUGUGUAUGAUGUUUUGAUUUAGGUUUACAUUAACCCAAGAGGCCGGUGAUGCUUGUGGUUGAUAAGAGAGUCAGUUACUGUAAAUGAAAUGUUACAAAUGUCUUCUUGUAUAAUGUUGAUAUUAUUAAAUAGUCAUCAUUAGGCACCAUCUGUUCUAUCUCUUUAAUAUUUGAAAUGGUGGACACUCUGAGUAUCAGCAAAUGCAGAGCUCAUACUUAAUAUCACUUUGAUACAACAACUACACUCACUCUUACUGCUGCGUGUCAUUUCUUAUCAUGGUAUCAAAGUAUAAUUCACCCUCUUUAUCUUGCAUUACAAGACUCAUUGUCUUCAUAUUUUAAAAUAAAUGAAAAUUUUGCAUACCAUAGAACAUGUUUGAAAAAGAAAAGGUACUCACUGGCUUUACUUGUGUAACUGAUCCAAAGCUGAUCCAUUUUGGACACGUGUAAUGAAUGUGUUUAUUUUUCUGCCAAGUUUUAUCAUCUCUCUAUUUUCUUUUCUGCAGUUUGUAAAACUUGCAUCGUUGCCUUCCUGGAAACACAUAAGUUCUGCCCUCGAUGUGAUGUCCAGGUUCACAAGACAUGUCCACAGCUCAGUAUCAGGUGAGUUCGGACAUUUUGUGUUGGGUAUUUUACUAAUUGUGAGUUUAUUAGCAUCAAAACAUCAACAAACAUUUUUUUUUCCUUUCCUAGAGCGGACAAAACUCUACAAGACAUUGUAUAUAAGCUUGUCCCGGGGUUAUUCAAAGGUGAGAUUGUUUUUCUAAGACCUGGUUGUUUGAAUUUUUCAUUCAGUGAUGCAUUUUUUCACUGAUGGACUUGAAUUUUUCUGUCUCUGCUGCACUCAGAUGAGAUGAAACGGAGGCGGGACUUCUACGCAGAGAACCGAGUGCUGGAACCAGGGGAAGUAGUGGAGACAUUUAACAUCGCAGAAGAUGAAAUCAUCAGUCUGUCCAUACAGUUCUAUGAGAGGAACAAGUGAGUCAGUCAUUUGUCAUUUUUACAAAAACACAGCAGGAAGGAGUCUACAUGUUGGGUCUGGUUACUGGAAAGUUGCAGCUGAGACAAAUGUGGAAAGGAUGAAAUGUAAUUAUCCAGUAAUGAACACACAAGUGAAACAGGGUGGAACCAUUUUUCCGGCUCUGUGUUUUUUCUUUUGUGAAAUGAGUUAAUGAAGUUGUUUUUUUAAUGUGAAAUCAGCUCACACUAAAAACAAAACCUGUUGUAGUUCAAACUGCCAAGAUGAAUAAAUAAUGAAAUCAUUUCAUUGAACUAGAAAAGGAGGCAGUUAAACUAUCAAGACAUUUCUUUAGCUCUGAAUAAAAUUUAGUGUAUCUAAUAUUUAUAGUUCUUAGAUAACUUCAAACCCUAAAGCAAAAUGCAAGUGAGUUUGUCUUAUUUCAAGAAAAGAUGUCUUAUUAGACUUAAUGAAGGCUGCAUUCACCUGACAAGUUCAGAUAAAGUCUUAUUUUAAGAUUUAAGUAAAAAAAUCUGCAGAUGUUUCUGUACAAGUUAAACUUCUUGUAUUAAGAAAUUGUUCUUUCAAGAAACUCAACAAAUAUUUUUUUUUUCAUCUCAAUGGCAGAUAUUUGUUUUGCUCAUUGUGAUUGAUUCAGGUCUUACUUUUGGCUUUUCAUACCUCGAAAUAAGACAUUUAUCUGGACUUGUCUGGUGAGUGUGGCCUAAAUGAAGUUAUUUUUUAAAUAAGACAGACGUAUGUUUGGUUUAGAAAAUUCGAGGUUGAAAUCGAAACCAUAUAUACUUGAUUUUUAAUCAUCCUUAUUAGAAACCACACCGUUUUAUUCUACACCUACUAACAAGGGAGUUAAAUGAGUGACGCAUUUCCUCUUCAGAGAAGACCCUGUGUAGGAAGCUUUUAAUGGGUAGACUGACUGUUUGAUCACCAGCUCUUGCAGCCCACAUAUCAAAGUGUACUUGGGCAAGACGCAGUCCAAAAUUGUUCCCUUAGGUUUGGCCAGAUUGUUUAACUGUGGCUGAGUUGGUGCUGAUGGUCAGCUCGUCGCUUUGCACUCAGGGCUCUGCCAUCAGUGUUUGUGAGAGAGUAAAUGUGCCAUGUAGUGUAAAGCAUUUUCAGUUUACUUCAGUCCAGUUACUUUUUAAUUAUUCUGUGUUAAAGUAAUUGUGGAAACAUCUGAAGUAUUUGAUGUUGGUAUCCUUGAAUCACUUAGAUGAAGACCUAUUGAUGUCUGCAGCAUCAUUACUUUGAAGACUUGCUGCUACAGUAUAUUUACAAUGUGGAGUUCCUAAACUUUCUCCAGUUGGCACAUUUAGAACAAUAGUUAAUCUCCACCCUGAUGCCUUGGUGCUUAACCCUCAUGGACUUUAAUGGGGUCAGGCGUGCGGUGCAGGAGUGUGUGAGGGCUUGAAAAUGAGAAAUGGGACACUUUUGUCAUAACGUUCGUCGCCCGGAAACAAACUGUGCCAUCAAAUGAUAUAAAAUGACCAGCAUGAAUUUAUAUAGUACAGUGUUUAUCUAGUUCAGCAAACUGAUAAAGGCCAAAAGGAUAUUGUUGUUGAUUCUUUGAGAUUAUUAAAAUGAAAAACAUACGAAACAACUUCUGUGAUUAAACUACAUGUGAUAUCUUCAGUCAGUCCAUUAAUGGAGUUUACAACUUCUGUCAUGCUCACUCUGUUUUACAUAUUUUUUUCCCCAAACUUUAAUGAAUAAGGCCUCAGUUUACAAUCAUUUGUUUACAUUUAAUAAACUCAGGAGCUGGUCAGUCAUGUCUUACCUGUUACCAAGCUUGCGAUGGACUCUAGUUGGGUCCACAGAAAUGUGGGCUCGCAGAAAGUCCAUGAUUCGGUACUGUAAAGUCUGCAGCAAUGCUGUGACAUUAGGACAGCAGUAAACACUCUGACACUGCUGGGAAAAAACUUGAAGCUGAUGAGAGCAGAGUUUGAGAUUGGGCAGCUUUGGCUGUUGUGCUGCACCAGAGACACUUCAUAGCAUUAGCCUAUUUGUAUUGCUUGGUAAGUUAAUGAAUCAUGUUCAUUUAGUGAUGGGCUGCUUCACUUUGUUGAAUAAAGUCAUGAUUUGUCUUAAACUGGACUGUCAUAGGUUGUGUUUGGUUGGGAGAACCUUUAUGCUGUAAUCUAGAGGAUACUAUGCACCCAAAACAACACCUGACCAGUGUAAAUUCGGAUUCUUUUUUUUGACUACCAUCUUCAGAGGAAAUCUGAAAUAUCUUUAGCAUUUUACCUUUUGCUCUUUUUAUUUCUGACUCCAGAGUUGUAUGACUCAAGUAUGCAACAAAAAGGAAAUUGUGAAUUCAGUAUCUCAGCAGGACCAGCAUGAAAAAGAUUCCACUGUCACCUAUAGCACUGUAUAUGUGUGUUUGAACAUGUUCUUCUGCGAGAGACUCUAAAGAAAUGUUCAUUAUAAUUUAACACUUUAUCUGUGUUGGUGUGUUUUCCUGCAGAAAUAACGAGAUGCAGCGUUCAGAGAUGGAAGGAGACAAGGUAAAAGCUGACGUUAGAUAAAAAAAGAACAGCACUUUACAGCAGCUAUACGCUCCAUGUUUAAUUUGGUUUUCUGGUCUUCACUCUCAAUUUAUGUGGCUCCUCUUUGUUCUGUUUUCUGUUCUCAGUCCAAUGGGAAACGCUUCCUGCAGUGCCCAGCAGCCAUGUCCGUCAUGCACUUAGCAAAGUUCCUCCGAAGCAAGAUGGAUAUUCCCAACAACUAUCGGGUGAUUACAUACCAUCUGUAUUCAUAGUGUGGUAAACUUAAGGCAGAAGAGUACCAAAUUCUCCACGUACAGAGGACUUUGAUUUCUGCAGAAAAAAAGAUCAGGGUGAUGGUUAGUCCUGUCAGGUGGCCACAGUCAAACUGGCUCUGGAAAUCAGCACUUUGAUGUAUGAGCUGUUACAGGAUCAUUUACAGAGCUGCAAAAGGGAAGAAAGGGCUGAGGGACAAUUCUGGGAAAACUGCAUAUCAUUGAACCUGCAGACUUUUUAUUGUAGUCCAUCAGUUUGAAGAUCCUCCAGACAUCCUUAGACUACAUUAUACAUUCUUUAAAAUGUCAUAAUUCUAUUCAAACAUUUUUUUUUUUCUGUUUGUUUCCUGUCAUUUCAUCCUGUGGCAAAACCUGAAAAAGCAUGAGAACAUACUUUUUUAAAAGCACCCAUAAUGAUGGAUGUCUUUGAUACGCUUUUUAAUCGUUUAUUGCAUCAGUUUCAACCAAAUCACAGCUUUCAGGGGUUCAUCUGCUGUAGUUGGUUGAAUAGGUAAAUAGAUUUGAAUCAUCACUACCAGGAGACAUCCUAACCAGAAAACACCUAUCUGAGUUAAGUUGAGCAUUAACAUGGAUUCAGCUGGUCACCUCGUGUAACCUGUUUUUUUGGGGUUUUUUUUGACUGUGUCACAGGUGGAGGUGUUGUAUGGAGACGAGCCACUGAAGGACUACUACACACUAAUGGAUAUUGCUUACUUCUAUGAAUGGAGACGGGUGAGUUACAGCCGGCACACCGAAUAUGUGUGGAGCCUAUAUACAUACAUUCGUGUUCUGGAAAAUGUUCUUGUUUGUUGUGGUCAGCAGUGUUUAGUUUUCAAAUUGAGUGAACAUGUGUGCAAUCCCAGCCUCCACCUCAACACCUAAACACUAAACCUGCAUAGACUUCAAUGAUGUCAGUGGUUAAGGGCUUAAGAUCGUUUUAUAAUGAGGAAUAGGACAUACAGACUAUCCUGGCAUUUAAAAAGACCACCUCUAAAUGACUGUGUUAUAUGCUUUGAAACUGACCAAAGUAAGAAAAGUCAUUUAAUGUACCUGAGGAUGUUUAACUGAUCAUACAAAACAAUUCUGGAGCCCCAUCUUGUAAGAUCAGACCCACUCCUAUCCCGUCUUCAUCCACAGAUGUGUGGCACUUUGCAGCAUAUAUCAAGUUACAGUGAAGAGGAAAAACUGAAUUUAAUAGGCAGAAACCUCAAGCAGAACCAGACUCAUGUUAGACAGUCAUCUGCUGAGAAUGGAUAGAGGGAGGUAGGGACAGAGAUAAUAAUAGUACAUACAGAUGUAUGUGUAUGAAAACAAUGAAGCAGAAAGACUCGGAGAACACUGAUGAAAAAAAAAAACAAUUAAAAUGAGCAUUGUAACAGUGUUAAAAAUGCUGAGACUGAUGGAUGUAGUUGAAGCAGGUAGGUAUUUUUUUAGAAAGCCUGCAGCUAUUAAAUAAAAUUUUUGGACAGCAAAAAUGACCAAAAUCAAUGUUUUUUGUCAAUGUCCAAAAAAGCCAGUAUUUUCAUAUCGGUUUAAUUCAAAUACAGCUGUUGAUUUCAGACAUACUCAGGGACAGCUUUGGCCCAGUCAGGACAGGGUUUUAGUUGUUAUUUUUAAGCCAUUAUUUCCAUCGUUAAAGGUAGCAAAAACAAUAUAGAUGCUCCCCUUCCAACAUUUCUUUAGAUUUUCUCUCGCCAGUUCGUAGGACGCUGUAAUGCUGAUCAGUGAUGUGCUGGUUUGUUGUGGGUUCACUUGUGCAUACACUCCAGCUGAUCUGUCUUUCUUGGACAGAGGUUUGUUUCCUCCUGCUCUCUUGAAAAUCAUCAGAGCAGUGUCCUUGCUGUAAAUGUGACAUUUUGUGUUUCAGUGAAAGUAAAUAAAUCGUUGCACGGACAGUCUGAUAAAAGCUUCUGACUAAGACCUGACUUCAUUUGUCAAAACUCCCUGGACAAAACCCUCCUACAGCUUUUUACUAGGAUGGGCUUCUAUUAAAAUGGUUUAAAAUUCAGCGGACUGAGAGAUUCUUAACGCUGAAGAAAUUAAGAUUUGUGGCAUGAAAUAAACCUCAAGCGCCAAACUCAUUAUUUGCUAUUAUUGUUUUGCAGUAGAGUCAACUCUGACAGUUGUUUUGUUAUAUUAAAGGAAGAGGUGAUAACUGUUAUCAAAUGCAAUCUAAGACAAAAUUUCAGAUACUCUCUGAGAGGGCUGUGCAUCGUCAUUGGUCUCAUGAUUCCAUCAGAUAUCAAUGAGUCUAUAUUUUAUAUUAUCAUUAUAGUUAUUGUUGUUGUUAUUAUUAGCUGUAUAAUAACUUAAAAGAGCUGAGCACUGUUUAGUUUUCUUUCUCUGUUUUGAUGUGUAGUUUUUGACAGUGGUCUAAAAGGUUAAAAAUGCCAAAUUUCUGAGGGCUCUCUAGCAACACAAGUGAAUACAUACAUGUGUGCAGAGCAGUUUUAAAACUGUUGAUUGCUGUAUCAGAUAUGUGGCUUUUUGCAACCCCUCAGUAAAGGCCCUGCUCUGUCAUAGGAUCAAAUCAUUAUGAUCCUUUGUUACUGAAUUUGGCAGAUUUUACUCCAAAAUUUCAUUAAACUGAUUCAAAGUUUCCACUUCAGAUUGACAAAUUAUGACACAUGACAUCUAAUGCUAAUCAUGUAUAUUUACCCCUGUGCAGACCGGGCCCAUUCCCCUGCAGUAUCUGGUCAAACCCAACCGGAAGCGUAGGAGGCCGUCUCAGUCUGCAGCCCAGGGCCACUCAGAUGGCGUCAACACCAGCCCGACAUCAGAGAGCGACUCCCAGAGCGACAAAGUCCACAGUCCAGCUGCAGCCCAACCGCCCCGAGCCUCCUCUCAGUCUAGUCCUGCGUCCCAUAACCCCUCCUCCGCCAUCCAAAGCUCCAACGGCCCCACUGUGCCCAACAACACUCAGCGACACUCACUGGCCUCCAAACAGGGCGCCAACACCCGCAAGGUGACUGUCAAUGGCACGAGCGCUGGGGCCGGCAAAGAGGAGGCGAGGGCAGGGGACAAAAGCGGUUUGCCUCCGACGACCUAACGUGCGUAGAGGGCAGCGGGGAGGACAGUGUUGGAAUUGCUCCCUUUAUGAUCUCUGCGGCGCAAACAGGCGAACUCCAGACGCCUUCUUUCAGGACAAACAGGAGGCCGAUUAUUGUCAUCACCUUUCAGCAGGACAGACUGAAAAGUGCAGCCAAAUAGACACUUGUGUGUAUGAAAGAGCGUGAGUGUGGUGUGUGUGCGUGCGCGUGUGUGUUUAUGUGUGUUAGACUAGAACAGUGCACACAUACAACUGUACAGUAUGUAUCAAAUGUGAGCAUGUGUGCAUACAUAUGUAUAAACUUAUCUUUUAUACAAGAUAUUGUAAUCGUUUUGUAUUGUAUAUGCAGUGGGUCUGUUUCAUUUCAUAGUUCAGCAGCAUCAUGAUGCUCCGUAAAAAGCUGAUACAAAAAGCUGAAAGGCGCUGCAGUGUGUGUGCGUCACUGCAGGAGGAGGAUGUAAAGAGAAAAAAGAAGCUAAUCCUUGCCUUUGAACAGUCAUUUUAAUAACUGCUGUAUAAGUGUCCAGUAUAAGCAAACGCUCAUCAGGUAACACAGGUACAUGACUCAUAACUGUUGAUGCACUUUGUUAAGGUCAGAUCACUCAAUCCAAAUCCAGCGAGUAUUGUCCAACAAGAGAAGCAUUCUCAUUUUCAUAAGUUCAAGCACUACCACGCUCACGAGCAGAUGUGUGUCAGCAGAACACAGCCUUUCUCUCGUGGCAGUCGAAGAACUCAAAAGGGAUUUGGAUGUUUGGCCAUGUAUGUUGUAGUUCCAUAAAGUUCAACAUUCCUUUUGUUUCUUUUCACCAAACAUUGAUACUUUUCUAUCAGCCAUAUGUGCAUGUUUUAGGUCAAUAAAAUGUUUACUUACUAGGUUUUUCUGAUCCCAGUGUCCUGUUUAUGAUUCCCUGAACUCCACAGUACAAUAUUGGAAAGCUGUUUUGAUAGUCAGCAGUAACCUCCGGCGGGAGGAAGGUGAAGUACAACCAGCAUCACAGAGGUAAAAUCUGUUACGAGUGAUCAAAGCUACUCAAAAACAUCGGUAAGAACAACUUCCUAAAAUGUAAAUAGUGGAGUGCUGCUACCCUGUUGGUCUAAGCAUGCCCACAUAUGGAGAAUCAUGGUUCCUACAGGGUCCAUUCUGCAGAUUCAGUGAUCAGAUCAGAUCUUUAUACAUCCAUCAUCUGCAUGUCUAAAUAAACAGACAGGAAUAUCAAAACCAUUAACGACAAAUAAAUAUAAGUUAGCUCUUAGAGGCAAAGACUUUUUCUUACAUGACCUCAGUCAGGCCCCCUAAACAAACACAAAUUUCAAUAUGUGUUUACAGAUAAAGUAAUCCUUUAUUCACUUUGUGCAUCGCCCCAACACUGCUUGGCAGUACUUGCAUCCAAAUUGACUUGGAGCACUUUGUGGCUCUUACUGAUCUUGUUUCCCCUCAUCUAGAGCUUUCCUCGUAUAGUUCUUGCUCUCGACUGAUAAAAGCGCCUGCUUGUAACAUUGUAAAUAGUAACACUGACGAGGUAUUUUUAUAAUACAUCAUAUUAGUUCCAAAAAGAGAUCUUAAAUAAGGGUUUAAGGUUCUUUUUGUCACCUGUAUUUGCAAUAACAGCA